UUCUUAAUUACAGAUCAUUUAGCGCGUACCCAGCAGCGGUAGACGACUCACGCACGCUUCGCGGCCGCACAGUUGGACCUCGCUCUCUCGAGAAGGAGCUCCCCCGCCGGGGGUCGUCGUCGGCGUAGAUCUGGUGGAGGUGACGGCGGGACGCGGCGAGGAGGAAGUAUGAGAAUAAAAUUUCGCCGCGUUUUAUGGCCGCGUCCCAUCAGUAGUCGAAGCCGCAGAAGUGCUGCCAGCCGUGGUCAGUGGUGCCGUUUAGUGUACAUUUACAACAAGUGAUUUCGGGGUUUGGGGUUAUUGUUCUACGGAAGAAAGGAAGGAAAAGGGUUUAGUGUGUGUGGUUGUGUGCGGGAAAGGGGAAGAUGGCAGUCCAGCAGUUCACCAACCACCUGACGAUGAAGGGCCACGUGGUGCUGGUGUUGCUGGUGCUGCUGCUGUUUCAAAGUUGCGCCCGGACAGCACUGCAACGGCAGGGAGCGCUGGGAGCCCUGGUGAGUCCCACGUUUCAGACCACCAGCCAGACCAAGAUGAUGCUGAAGGAGACCCUGUUCAUUCCGUCGUCCGACCCGGAGAAGGAAGCCAAGGCCAUGUACGAGAAGGCGUUGCAGCAGUACGGCAUCGUCGGCCGCACCCUCAAGGAGAUCUGCAAGCCCUGGCAGGUCCGCGGCUGCCAGUGUGCCGGCUCGUCCGAGGAGGUGGCCCUGACCUGCCGGGGCAUCGGGCUGGAGGCGAUCCCGGUCAACCUUCCCACGGAACUCGUUAAACUUGACAUCAGCAGCAACAACAUCUCUAGUUUACCAAAUAAAUCGUUCGACACGCUACCAAAUCUGGAGGAGCUCAUCCUCUCCAACAACCAGAUCGAACAAAUCGACAGCGAAGCCUUCUACGGGCUGUCGAGCCUCAAAAAGCUGGUGCUGCAAAAUUGCGCCCUCACGCGAAUCCCUUCCGAUGCCCUGCGCCGGAUUCGCACCCUCGCCGCCCUCCACUUGGACAGCAAUCUGAUUGCCGACGUGGAGAACGUAACCUUUCGUGGGUUCAACUAUCUGAAGAGUUUGAGACUGGAAGGCAAUCUGCUGCAACGGAUCCCGACGGAGGCGUUGAUCGGAUUGAGAUCACUAGAAGCUUUAAAUUUAGGAAGUAAUUUAUUAACUACUAUUAAGGCAGGAGAUUUUCCACUUUUGGAGAAUCUUCAUAUUUUAUUAGUGAAGAGAAAUCAAAUAAGUGAAAUCACUUCCGGUGCUUUAACCAAUUUAACUCGUUUAAAAGUUUUAGAGUUAGAUGAUAAUGUGUUAAGUUCAGUGCCUGUUGGCUUGGAGAAUCUCGUGAUGCUGCAAGAACUGUCAGCAUCCGGCAACCGCAUCCGAUGGAUCUCGAAGGAUGAUUUCCCGAAAAGUCUAGUCACAUUGGAGCUCAGGUCCAACCCGCUGGUUGGCAUCAAGCCAGGCGCGCUGCAGAACAUGCCCCGGCUCCGGAAGUUAAUUCUUUCGGACGUCCGGGGACUCCAGGAACUACCUCCGCUAGAUGGCUGCACUUCGCUGGAAGUGCUGCGGAUCGAUCGAGCUAACCUAACCAAACUACCUGACCAUAUGUGUAAGACUUCGCCGCGCUUAAGGAGUUUAGACUUGAAAUCCAAUAGAUUGAAAAGCAUUCCAAAUGUGACAAACUGCCGUGAUUUAAGAGUGUUAGAUUUAGCCGGAAAUAGCAUAAGCUCCCUCCACGGGGCCCCCUUCUCUAGUCUUGGCCAGCUGCACGACCUGCUGCUCUCGGACAACGAAAUCGAAUCGAUUCCCCACGACGCAUUCAUCGGACUGUUCCGGUUGCAAGUACUAGACUUGGAAGCGAACCAGAUUUACUUUAUCCACCAGGACGCCUUCAGGCCACUGCUCAAGCUGGAAGAUUUAAACCUUGGCAACAACAUCUUCCCCCACCUGCCGACGGCCGGCCUCGGCCGGUUGCUGCACCUGAAGACGUUCAACAAUCCGAACCUGCGCGAGUUCCCCCCGCCGGAGUCCUUCCCGCGGAUCCAAACGCUGGCGCUUUCGUACGCGUACCACUGCUGUUCCUUCCUGCCGCUGGUGGCCAGUAUGCCCAAAGUUCCUAAACAUCACCCCAUCAAGGAGGAGGUGCUCUUCCCGACUGACAACGAGUUCGACAUGAGCCUGUGGAACAACAGCUACAACGACAUCUGGCCGCAGCUGCAAAACCUCAGCAAAAAGUUCGGCACCCAAAUCAACGACCUGCUGCACGCUUACGGUCCCGAGUACUACCCGGGUGGACUUCCGACCUAUCCGGAGGAGUACUUCGAAGAAGAGGGCGGUGUGACGCACGCAAUGCCCACGUCCCAGCCGGGCAGCGUCCAGUGUCUGCCGGAACCGGGCCCGUUCAUGCCCUGCCAGGAUCUGUUCGACUGGUGGACGCUGCGGUGCGGUGUGUGGGUGGUUUUUCUGCUUGCGAUGCUGGGCAACGGGACGGUAGUGUUUGUGUUGAUAUUUUCCCGCUCGAAGAUGGAUGUUCCGCGCUUUCUGGUGUGCAAUUUGGCCGCGGCGGACUUCUUUAUGGGGAUCUAUUUGGGGUUUUUGGCGGUGGUUGAUGCAUCCACGUUGGGUGAGUUUCGGAUGUACGCGAUUCCGUGGCAGAUGAGCGCCGGCUGUAAGUUGUCGGGAUUUUUGGCGGUUUUGUCGUCGGAACUGUCCGUUUACACGCUGGCCGUGAUUACGCUGGAGCGGAACUACGCCAUCACGCACGCAAUGCACUUGAACAAGCGACUGUCGUUGAGGCACGCCGGGUACAUUAUGACCGUUGGGUGGACGUUUGCCAUUACGAUGGCCAUCUUGCCACUGUUUGGCGUGUCGGAUUACCGCGUGUUCGCCGUGUGUCUUCCGUUCGAGAUCAACAACGGAACCGGCAGCCUGGCGUACGUCGUCUUCCUCAUGUUCAUCAACGGGGUGGCGUUCCUCAUCCUGAUGGGAUGUUACCUGAAGAUGUACUGCGCAAUCCGCGGGUCCCAAGCGUGGAACUCAAACGAUUCUCGAAUAGCAAAGCGAAUGGCCCUGCUAGUCUUCACCGACUUUAUCUGCUGGUCACCGAUCGCGUUCUUCUCUCUAACGGCCGUCUUCGGGCUGCACCUCAUCUCUCUAGAACAAGCCAAAGUUUUUACCGUGUUCGUACUACCUCUCAACUCGUGCUGCAACCCCUUUUUGUACGCCAUCCUUACCAAACAGUUCAAGAAAGACUGCGUCCUCAUCUGCAAGGCGAUCGAGGAGUCUCGAGUCACUCGAGGAAUCGGACGCUGCCGCCACAGCUCCAACUUCAGCAACCGCCACACCCCAGCCAACACCAACUCCCUCGUAGAACGGUCAUCCCGUGAACUUCCUCCCCUGCUCCCAGGCCAAACGUGCAACUGCUCGGCCAAGCUCAUGGAGCAGGAGAACCUGCGCCGAAGAUUCCACCAGCAACACCAGCAGAGUACCUUCUCCAAAACGUGGCGUCGACUGUUCUGCAACCUCGGCCAACGCAACGACGGUCGCCGCGGUGGACGCAACAUCGAUCAGUACGCGUACCAAAUAGCCGAGAUCCAACAGAAACAACACAAACGAACCGGUUCCGUGUCCUCCAGCGAAAACUUUAGCUCGUCCCGGUCCGACUCGUGGCGACAUGCCCAGCACCACUGCGGAAUCCCACUCCGGCUGCUGGACCCACGCCGCCGGCACACGUCCUGGUUGAUCACGCGCAAAACAUCGCAGGACUCGAAUCUGUCCAGCUCGCGGAACGACUCGUCCGGCUCCACUGCGACGCAGAGCACCGGCACGUGGAGGAUAUCGCGGUCCAGCGCGAGCAACUCGGUGGUGCUGCCCGGGGUCAAGAUCGACGGGCCGCAUCCGCAUUCACACCCACAUCACGCAAGUGGCGCCCGCCAAUCCAUCCCGGGCGGCAAGCCGCGCCUCGUGCGCCAAUCCGCCGUCCAAGCGGACGACUGCCAGGAGCUGUCCUGCUCACCCCCGCGGCUGGGAGUCCGCUUCCUGCCCACCAUCCCGUCGGCCGCCGAUUCCAGCAUCCAGCUGGACGAUGACACCGCCGAGGCGCACUCCAGUCCGGGCUCCAGCAGUGGCGGCGGUGGUGGUGGCGUUGGCGACGAUGAUCACCACGUGGUGGACAUGCAUUCGGUGGCGAACGUGGUGGCCGCCACGGCAGCGGCAUCCGUCACGGCUGGUGAAAUGGGUGGCGGUGGUGGAAGUCUGCCGUCUCCGGCACCGUUCUACGCCAUCCUGCACGGUGGCAAUCCUCAGGCGACCGUUUCUAGUCUCAAAGAUAAAACCAAGCCGCCGUGAGCGGCGAGCGGGGAGCCGCUGUAGGGUUGUUAGCUGGUGCAGUAUUAAUCUCUUCCUCACUCCUUGUUUAAGAACACUCUCGUAAAGUGCUUAGUCAGUAGCCGGUAAUUAGUCAGAAUGGUUUGCGUAUUUAAUUUACUUCUCAGUUGGUCGCGAAAGCGGGGAAAAGCCAGUCAGUAGGGUUUCUGUAUGGAUAUUAGGGUGGGUACGUUUUUCAAAAAGUUCACGGAUCAAGUUUUAGUAUGGUUCCCCUUGUAGGGCAUGCCCAUUGGGACUUUCAUGCCAAAUAUCAGCUCAUUUGGUUGUAAACUGGCUGCGCGCAUCAGUGUUAAAGUUUACAGGGGAACUACUAUGGGAAAUUGGAACUUUUUGUUCAAACGCUCCUACAGGUCUGGGAAAAUCACGCACCAACUUCUGGUAUGGUCAGGUCUAAGGGGAAUGGUCUGGAGAACACUUUUCCCGAAGAGAGCAUAUGGAUUCGUUGUCUCUAGACCUGGCGCAUCGACAAACAAUCCGAUGUCUCCGGAAUCAACGGUUUUCCCUAAAAAAGCAUCAAAUUUUUCUUAGCAUGCUAUGAAAUCUUAAUGAACACCGCGGCGCCAUACGUCAGGCAGCUACCACGUGGUUGAAAUAUUUGCAAAAAAAAAAACAAAUUUGCUAUGCAAAGAUUCUGAAUUCGACUAAAUAAUGUCAGGAUUACUCGAAUUGAUCCUUUUUUAGUUAAAAGAAGGUUUGCAAUUGAAUAUUCCAGCCGUUUCUCACCCACGUGGUAGCUGCCUGACGUAUGGCGUCGCGGUGUUCAUCAAGCUUUCAUAGCAUGCUAAGAAAAAUUUGAUGCUUUUUCAGGGAAAACCGUUGAUUCCGGAGACAUCGGAUUGUUUGCCGAUGCGCCAGGUCUAGGGACAACGAAUCCAUAUGCUCUCUUCGGGAAAAGUGUUCUCCAGACCAUUCCCCUUAGACCUGACCUUACCAGAAGUUGGCGCGUGAUUUUCCCAGACCUGUAGGAGCGUUUGAACAAAAAGUUCCAAUCUCCAUAGUAAUUCCCAUGUAAACUUUAAUCCUGAUGCGCGCAGCCAGUUUACAACCAAAUGAGCUGAUAUUUGACAUGGAAGUCCCUAUGGGCAUGCCCUACAAGGGGAACCAUACUAAAACUUCAUCCGAGAACUUUUCGAAAAACGUACCCACCCUAAUGGAUAUAUCAAACACACUUUUUGUAACGGAAUCAAAUCGCUCAACAUUUAUGUUCCCUGUGGCACACAAAAAUAUCCAAGUAUAUGACGAUGUUCAAUCAAAAAAACUAUGUAUAGAUUUUAUAACAACUGUGUACUUAUGGUAAGAGAAAUGCGAAACAGUGUGAUACUUAAAUGAAGAAUACUUUAUAUCGAUUAGACUAUUUGUAAUAAUUUAUUUCAAUUGUACGCUAGGGUAGACAAUGACACACAUACACGCAAGAAAUGGGCAUUUAAAACAACUCAUCAUGAAAAGUAAGCUAUA